CGUAAUAUUUGCUUCCUUUUCUUACCAAACCAAAAACUAUGAUGGCACAACGACUAAACUUGCGUGCGGGCAGCAAGCCCACAGCAGCAGCACACCGCUUAGCGCUUAAACGGUGCAUCACAGUCAGAACAUGUGCAACUCCUUCACCUCAGGUUGAACUGUCGCCCAUGGACAUGACAACUCUGGGCAAGACGGAUGUUCGCGUACCCGUCAUGGGCGUCGGAGCUUGGUCUUGGGGCGACCGUAGCGGCUAUUGGGGUUAUGGUCGCGAAUACGGCAAAGAUGAAAGCUCUGGGACCUACAAGGCGCUCAUGGACGCCGGCCUCACAUUCAUCGACACAGCCGAGGUGUACGGGUUCGGCAAAAGCGAGGAGUUCCUGGGUGAGUUCAUGGCGGCCCAGCGCCGCUCGCAGCCGGGCAGUCCGCUGCCGGUGGUGGCAUCCAAGUUCGCCCCGCUGCCCUGGCGCUUCUCCUCCGACAGUGUUGUGGCGGCCGCACGCGCCUCCCUGGCCCGACUGCGACUCAGCCGCAUGGACCUCUACAUGCAGCACUGGCCCGGCUACGGCCCCCAGUACUUCUGCAACGACGCCUUCCUGGACGGCCUCGCGGAGUGCCAGCAGCAGGGGCUCUGUCGCGCAGUGGGGGUCUCAAACUUCACGGCGGACCGGGUGCGGGGGGCGGUGGCGCGGCUGGGAGCCCGAGGGGUGCCUCUGGCCUCAAACCAGGUGCAGUACAGUCUGCUGUACCGCGCCCCGGAGACCAACGGUGUGUUGGAGGCGUGUCGCGAGGCGGGGGUGACUCUAGUGGCGUACAGUCCGCUCGCACAGGGGCUGCUGACAGGUAAGUACACCCCCGGCGGCCCCCGCCCCAGCGGCCCCCGCGGGCUGCUGUUCUCCGAGUCCCGGCUGCGGGAGUUGGAGCCGCUGCUGGGGGCGCUGCGGGCGGUGGCGGAGGAGCGCGGAAAGAGCAUGACGCAGGUCGCUCUCAACUGGGUGAUCUGUCAGGGCGCGCUGCCCAUCCCCGGAGCCAAGACGGAGGCGCAGCUGGCGCAGCUGGCGGGGGCGCUGGGCUGGCGGCUGAGCGAGGGGGAGCUGGCGGAGCUGGGGGCGGCGGCGGCCAGGGUGCCGCCAGGGCCCGGCUUCCCUGUGGAGAACUGGUGAGAGAGGGGCUCCGGACUUCUGGGGGGGCGACUCCAGCGCUAAUACGGUGCAUCUGGAGCGUGGUCCGUAAUCCUCGGUAGGUCUGUAAACCCCAGUAUGUGUGUGAUUCUCACUGCGUGUGGGAUGCGAGGCCGCUGCAGGGCCGGUGCAGUUGAUGGGCGGACGGCAUGCAGGUAAGGAAUAAUGGCUGCAUAAUGGAUGCACGGCCGGUCGGCAGGGAGGGCAUCCUUCUGGGUGCGGAGAGGUGUACGGCAGCGGUUGACGGCGGCAGUUUGUACGAUGUAGAGCGGUGGAGGUUGCGUGAGAGUGAGUUUACAAUAUGGAGUGAGUCAGUGCGAGUGAAUUGUGGCAGAGCUUGGUGUGCGGUUGGCAAGGUGAUGAGUGGGGCAUGAAGAUCGAGUCUACUGUGAUAAAGAGAGGACCGUAUGCACAAUGCAGACUGACCCAACGUGUUUUUGUAUUUUAGGCCUAGGACUGGGAGCACUACUAUUACGUUCGGAGCGUUUGCAUCGCGGCCAUACGGAUUGGAAUGCAUGCAUGUAUUUUCUUUCCUUGUUUCCUCGCUCGGCUUGAUGGGUUUCGGCGUAAUUGAUGAUCAAUGAGUUGUUCUGCAGUCGUAAACCGUUUCCGUUCGUACGGUUUUUGAAUCCUUGAAUGAACAUAAUUGAGGGCAGCGUGUUUGAACCUGCGAUCGAAAAGGCUUGCGUGCAUGUCAGGACGGUGGAAUCGGAGCGGGCUUCCUCUCUCUUCCGUCCGCACACAGCCCUCCGCACAAGUCCAGUCAAAAUGCUGACCCCCCUUGAAAGGGCCGUUAUAAGGCCGAAUGUCACGCGUGCGACGUCUCCCACACGGAUAGGCUAUUGGCGCUUGGCAGUGAACUUGGCUCUCACAUGCACUGUAAACGGGC